AUGAGUCGUUACAUGCAAAAUCCAAAGAAGUCUCAUUUGGAUGGAGUUCGUCGAAUCUUGAGAUAUGUAAAGAGUACAAUUGACUAUGGUCUCUUCUAUAAGAAAGGUGAAGAAUGCAAACUAAUCGGAUAUUGUGACUCUGACUAUGGAAGAGACCAUGAUAAUCGUCACUCAACUACUUGUUUUGUGUUUAAGCUUGGAACUGGAGCAAUUUCUUGGUGCAACAAAAGGCAGGCAACCGUGUCACUCUCAACAACAGAAGUAGAGUAUCGGGCAAUAGCAGUUGCAGCUCAGGAAUGUACAUGGCUUAUGGAGUUGAUGAAGGAUCUAAGACAACCAGUAGGCUAUGUAGUUCCUUUGUACUGUGUUAAUCAGUCAACAAUUUAUUUGGCUGAAAAUCCAGUUUUCCACGCAAGGACUAAACAUGUGGAGAUACAUUACCACUUUAUUCGGGAAAAAGUUUUAUAA